AUGUCACAAUUAGCUACUAAAUCUGCCUUCAAUAGGAAAAUCGUGCUAGGAUCUGCUGCUGUAGCGGUAGUUUCCUCUCAAUUCUUCUUUUUCGGUGGCUGGAAAAAUAGGAAAAUCAUCUAUCCACCGACUGAUAUUACCACCAAGAAUAGAUUGUUCCCAACGUAUGUGAAUAACCGAGGUGAAUUGCACGAUUUGUUACUUUUCAAGGAGCCAUUGAUCUUGAAUUUCACUAUUAUGGCCGAGGAAAGGUCCAAUAAGCUUACUCUGUCGUUAUUCCAACUCUUGGGGUAUAAGGAAAACUACCCUGAUGCCAGUAAGCCCUGUAAUUUGGCGAGCAUCUCAAGUGACAGUGAAGAAGGAAGAGAAAUGAUGCUCACUUACGGUGUGAACACCUUACCAUCAUUGGUUUGUCUUCAUAACCAAAUUCCAGUAGGCAGGUACAACUUCAAAGGUGAAGAGGUUGACGAAAAGGAAUUGAAAUCGUGGAUAGCUGAGCAAACAAAGUAG